GUUUCCAACUUGGAGACUACACUCUCGCCCCCUUCUUCCACCCACUUUCCUUGCAGACCGACCCAAGACCUUUCAUCUGUCUAUAUAUAUUUCAUUACUCUUCGAUUUCUUUUCUCAGAAUUGAUAAUCUUUCCACCUUCUUCCACCUUAGCAUCCAUCUCAUCAGCAAUGGAAUUCGAAUUUAUCGAUACUUCUCUUGGUUUGGACCUCAAGCCUAAUCCUCCUGCGAACAGCCUUGGCGACUUCUCUCCUAAGAGAGGAGAUUGUGUGGAUGUGUAUGAGGAAAGGAAACCCUCUCCAGUAUUGAAAGAAGACACUGGUGGUUUGGUAGAAGAGUUGCGUAGGAUGAGCACUGAGAACAAGAAGCUAACUGAAAUGCUAUCAAUCAUGCGUGAGAAUUACAAUGCUUUGCAGAAUCACUUGAAGGAAUUGAUGAGAAAGAACUCUGAUCAUCAGCUCUUUAAUUCAAGGAAGAGGAAGGCUGAAAGUGAGGAUAAUAUCAAUAAUAUUCAUGGGAUUAGUGGAAAUAAUACUGAGAGUAUCUCUAGUGAUGAAGAUUCAAGUAAGAAGCCAAGAGAAAGCACCAAGGGAAAGGUCUCUAGAGUUGUUGUAAAGACCGAGAAGUCUGACAAUAGCCUGCUUCUGAAGGACGGAUACCAAUGGAGAAAGUAUGGGCAGAAGGUCACCAGAGAUAACCCUUCUCCCAGAGCCUACUUCAAGUGCUCCUUUGCCCCAACCUGCCCUGUCAAAAAGAAGGUGCAAAGAAGUGCUGAAGAUCAGUCUCUUCUGAUAGCCACUUAUGAGGGGGAGCAUAACCACCAGCAACCUUCACCAGUUGAGGUGUCAUUAGGCUUCAACCGAGCUGCCACUCCUGCUUCAGUCCUCAGCCCAGCCUCCAUGGUCUCUCCACGCCCAACAGUAACUCUGGACUUGAUCCAACCUGGAUUAGCUAACAACACUGCCAAAAAUUCAGUCCAUGACGUUAAAGAAAAGCCAGUAGUCCAGCAGUUCUUAGUCGAACAAAUGGCUUCUUCCUUGACAAGAGAUCCCAGUUUCACUGCAGCCCUUGCAGCAGCCAUUUCCGGAAGAAUUUUAGACCAAACUCAGGUAGAAAAAUGGUGAAAAAAAAACAAGACAUUUUGGGGGGAAAUUUUAUGUAUUCUGCUUGGUUCAUUCCCAGAUUAGAGAGUACCUAUUUGAUGUAUAUAUGAAUUUUAAAGUCAUGCAGAAUUUUAGUUCUAGUUAAAAGUACUUGUGCAAUAUUCUUGAUAACUUCCAUUCCUUGGCUCAA